CAGGAAGGGGUUGGUUACUGCACUGUUCUGGGCUUUUGUUACUCUGGGCUUUUGUUCUGAUGAAUGGAGGAUGGGACACCACAACCAAACCCACUGACCCUUAUGCUGUCCUGACUGACAUUUCACAUUCUAGGUCACCUGGGAGAGGAGCCAAAGCCAGGGACACUGCACUGACUGGAACUGACUAUGCCAUGGCUACAUAGAGCCAUCUCUUUCAGCUGGCUCCGAGUUGAUCAGAGUCCAGCACCCACCGCUGCCUCCCUGAGAGGAGAGAUGGGGGAGGAAGAGGAAGCAGAUCCCCCUGGACAGCCUGUUAACAAUGCCAAAGACUUGAAGAGCAGAAAAAAACCAGAACCUCCUCGUAACUGCAGGGGAUGCACAGUCGCCCUCACAAUCGUGUUCUUAGGUCUCAUCAUCGCUGUUACUGUCCUGGCAGUGUUGCCAUCUAGGCGUCCUCCAGCUGCCCUGGGCCCCUGCUGCCCAGACGGCUGGGUCGGAUACCGAGGGAAAUGCUACUAUUUCUCCGAGGCCGAAGGGAACUGGAACAACAGCCAGAGACACUGCUCCUCCCUCGGUGCCUCCCUGGCUGGGAUCGACACCCUGCAGGACCUGGAUUUCCUGCUGCGCUAUAAAGGCAAACCCCACCACUGGGUCGGCCUCCGGAGGGACCCGGGGCAGCCCUGGAAAUGGGCCAAUGGCACCAAAUUCAACAACCUGUUUGUGAUAACAGCAGACGGUGACUGCGCGUAUCUGAAUGACGAGAAUUGGGUCAGCAGCUCACAGUGCACCAGCGAGAGACACUGGAUCUGCAGCAAAUGUGAUGCGUUUACAAAGGCGAAGGAGACGGCAGUGGAAGGGGGCUCAUAACAAGAGUAUUAUCAAAAUUAGCCCUGGAAAAGCCUGUUCACCCCCUUCCAGGAGCCCAUUGGGAUGGAAGGGGC